UCGAGCGUGUAUACGGACUAGAAGUUUCGUUCGAGCCUCACUUGUUUACAACUUGUUAGCAGCUUGUCAGCAAUUUAGGCGGCGAGGGUUUCCAUCGCGGUAGCGAUUUUUUUGACGCUUAUUCGUCGUCUGUACAGUUUGCCGCCUGUUUUCUUUUUGUAGGCAGCGAAUCUUUUUGUAAACAUCACGGAAUCGACAGGAAUUUUCUUGUUUUGGUAACACUCUCUUUCGUUAAGUCAACAUGUCUUCCAAAUCGAGAGAUGCUUCAAACGCGGACGACCUCGUGGAACUUCUGAAAAACAAAUCAGGAGAUGCCGAACAAGARCUAUCACAGUUUGGAGGAUUAAAGAGUAUYGUMCAUAGUUUAAAAACAUCGACUUCAAAGGGRCUUAUAGCAACGUCUAGUUUACUGAAGGAGAAAGAAAGAAGAUAUGGCGCCAAUCAACUUUACAAACAAGAUCCAGUCAAGGGUUUUUGUCACUACUUGGUUUACUCAUUUCUCGAUGUAACACUGAUCAUUCUGUUGAUUGCAGCUAUAGCAUCAGUCGUWCUUGGYGCUGUUUACCCUGAGACAUGUCAAGGCAAAGCCAUCUCCCAAAACAACGACAACGCCUGGAAGGAGGGGGUUGGGAUCAUGGCUACAAUACUUGUUAUAGUCUUGAUAUCGGCCUUUAGUGAUUAUUACAGAAACAAACACUGGCAUAGAUUGCACACCAAGAAUGAAAGUGAACGAAAGAUCACGGUGAUUAGGAGCGGSAUUAGCAUGCAGAUUGGKUACAGACAAGUACGAGUUGGCGAUUUGGUGGUACUGGAGACUGGAAGUGUCAUCCCAGCUGAUGGAAUCCUUGUUGAGAAUACAGAAGUCAUCACUGAUGAGACAAGCAUCGGUCUUCAACCAAAUGUCGUCAAGAACAAAAAAGACGCAUUCGUCUUAACCAGUACUCAUGUAAUACAAGGCCAAGGAAAGAUGUUGGUGCUUGCAGUUGGCGAAAGAACGCGCGCUGGAAAAAUAGCAAGAGAAAACAAGCGAAAGAUMGCRACCAAUAAYUUAGAAAUGACAGGUCAAUCUCUGCAGGGUAAGCUAACCUUUGCAUCCUCUGUUCUUGGGAUCCUKGGAAUCGUGGUUGGGGUUAUUGUUAUGCUAGUUAUAUUAAUCAGCUUUCUGGUGAAGACGUACGAGGUUGAUAACAUCGCGUACGACCCUAGUCACUGGAAUGAUAUCAUUAAAGCCAUAAUCAUUGGUGUUGUGAUCAUCAUCGUUGCUGARCCUGAAGGGUUAUCACUAGCUGCAACCAUCACUAUGAUAUCAUCCAUGGGGUCCAUGCAGAACAAGAAUAUCUUUAUUCGUAAUCCAGACAUGUUAGAAACUAUGGGGAACGUCACBGCUAUGUGCGUCAAAAAACACGGCGUUCUUACAACCGUCAGCAAGUUUGUUAUGAGAGAAGAGAUAGUAGAAAGCUAUAUCGAUGGACAACAUUUCCGCGGCGACGCCAACGACUAUAAAGAUAAAAUAKCAGAAAAUAUUGCCAAUGAAGCAGCGGUUGGAAUAGCUGUAAACACAAGUUAUUCUACAAACUUUCAGUAUUCGGGUAAUGUUCCGCAAGUGGUCGGUGACAUCACUGAAGGUGCUCUCCUGGAAUUUGUCGAUGACUUGGACAUGAGCUACAGACUGAUAAGACGAAAAUAUCCAGAAGAAAACCACUUCAAAACCUUUCCCUUCGACCCCCAUUCCAAGUACAUGACAACAGUCAUCAAACUGGAUGACGACUAUUAUAAGAUAUUUACUAAAGGAGCGCCAGAGGUCAUCCUUCCAAGAUGUACAUCCAUUUUAACAAAAGAUGGUGUAAAAACCGCUGAGCCAGAGGAUAGAAAACUCAUCAAUGACGCCGUAAACUGCAUGGUCCGUAAGAGCCAACUGAAAGUCUUAUGCCUGGCACAGAGAACAAUAACAGAACCAAAAGGUGAAGACGCAUGGAGCAGCAAAGAAGUAGAGCAAGAUUACACUUURRUURCUAUCAUGGGUAUUGAAGGUACCAUGGGACAAGAACAGAGUGCAGAAACCCGCAUGAAUGUGGCUGCUGGAAAAUUACUUUCAAAAAAWCAAUUUGGAAUCCAAGUGAUGCUGCAGCAGUACCUAAAGACAGUUAAUGCAGAGCUUCUGGAGGACUUCAUCCGGGGUGUUGCAGUGAAUACCAGUUAUCUAUCAGACAUUAAGAAUGAAGGYGAAGACGGUCUCAGCCAACACGUAGGUGACCCACGCGAUUGCGCCCUGCUUCAAUUCCUGGUAAAUAUCGGAUGUGGUUACCAGUAUUACAGAGACGAAUAYCCUCGUCAGAAGCAUAUUGAAUACAAAAGCUUGGCUUCAGAAGACGAAAGCAAGCAGUACACGGCAACAGUCAUCAAAAUUCCUGAAGAACAUUGUUAUAAAGUGUACGUGAAAGGAGGCGUGAAUUUUGUGCUCUCACGCUCAAAKAGCUUCAUCCCAAACCACCCUGACGAGAAAAUGGAACUGGACGAUGUGGGCAAGAAGAGGAUUUUUGAUGAAUGUGUAGGACURCAGGAAAAAGAGAUGACAGUAGUAGCUUUCGCUGUUAAGGAAAUUAACUCAGACAAUGGUCCUCCAAACUGGAACAAYAGAGACGAAAUCUUGUCCGACUUGAAAUUUAUUGGCUACUUGGGUCUUGUUGAAGAAGAACGAGGAGAGAUAUCACAUGCAAUAUCAACCUUCCGUGAUGCUGGAAUGCGUAUUUCUUUGGUGACCGGAGGAAGCAUCCAAUCAUCGGGCGACCUUGCGAAAAAGAGCGGGAUUCUUAAUCCAUCCCGUGACUGGCCUCCUAGUAACGAAGGGAAAGGAAGUCCAUUUGGCUAUGAUUAUAAAGUCUUUGCCAAAGAAGUUACCAAUGAUAAGGGUGAUAUAAACCAGCAAAUGUUCGACAARCUGUGGCGUAAAGACGAGCUGCGAGUGCUGGCCAGCUGUCCCCCAGACCGCAGCCCAUUACUUAUCAAAGGAAUUAARGGAAGUUACGUCAAGGAAAGUGGCGAAGUUGUGGCAGCUGUUGCCUCUGGAGUGCACGAUGGGUCUUUCUUGAAAGAAGCUGAUGUUGGCAUCUCAUUGGGUGUWAGUGGAGCAAACGUUGCACAGGAGUCGUCAGAUAUCAUUCUCAAAGAAGAUAAAGUUCUUGGGCUUUUAGAAACGGUUAAAUAUGGCCGACAUAUCUACGAGACGGUACUCAAGUUUUUACAGUUUCARCUGACCGCUACUUGGGUGACGCUCAUCGUAAUGAUAGUUGGCGCCAUCUUGUUUCAGAAAAGCUUGUUUUCAGCUACACAGCUCCUGUGGCUUAACCUCAUAAUGGACGCCCUCGCUUCCAUUGCUUUGACUCGAGACCAGCCCACCGCGGACAUUUUACGUCACAGGCCAUAUGGACGAAACAAUCCCCUGAUAUCACGUGCCGUCCUACGUAACGUCAUCUUCCAUUCUCUGUACCAGAUUGCUGUUAUUUUCAUUCUUAUUUAUGUGUUCGCUGACUUUACUGAUACACGYUAUGGUUAUGGAAGCAUCUCKAUCUGUAARCCAAGUCAACACGCUACAAUGGUGUUUACMUCMUUUAUCUUGAUGCAGUUGUUUAAUGAAGUUAACUGCAGACGAGUGCAGGAUAGGAAUGUGUUCUUGUUCAAGGGGGAAAGAUUCAACUGUGCCUUCUUUAUCAUCCUAAUUCUUUCUUUUGGUAUCCAGAUCCUAAUGGUGUUUUUCUUCCAAGACGCCUUYCGCGUAAGGCAAAUGGACGCAGAACAGUGGUUGUGGUGUUUAUUCUUUGGUUUUUCCGAGCUGUUCUGGGGUCAAAUCGUCUUUACCAUUCCCAAGAAUAUCAUUCCAAGGCAAAUUCGUUGCUGCAGAAAGGGAGUKCCAUCACAAAAGACCGGCUGCUGCUUCUGUAUUCGAGGYGUACGCAGCAGAGACGAGAUCGAUGCUCCAACAGAAUUCUUUGGAAUUGCUAACCAACCAGCGUCUUCGAGGCCAAACGGCGUGCGAAACUCGGUCAAYCCAAUGCCAGGUCCGGUUUCCAUGUAAAUGUUUGAMUGCAGUUUCUUUUACAAGUAAACCCCCRUGCUAAUCAAGAGUUUCUAUUAGACAAGCCAUCAUCUGAGAAGAUGUAAACUAAUCGUAUCGUGCAAYUAAUGGAAAUUACUCUACCUUAGAUGAUAGAAUUUUUGUGGCAUACGAAAAGACGCCAUUUCUAAAAAUUAUUAUCUAAGACGAGAUGCACUUGCAAAUAUUUUUUUUCAAAAUAUUCAUACUAUUUUUUAUUAAAUUGGGAAAAAACUUAGAAAAAUGACUUCAAUGGAAGUGAUAACAUGCACUCAUACAUAGUCGAUAAGCUAAACCAAUAUACAUUAAAAAACAAUCUUAACUAUGACAAUGAAAAGGURCAUGGUGAACACCAUUCAUAAUGUAAGUAACGCAGCAAUAAACCAAUAAAAAGAAUCAAAGAUGAUUCAUGUCUAUUGUAUCAAUAACAUAUUCAAUAAACUCAAAUGUAGUCAA